UUGUCCGCCCUCUAUGUUGUCCACAGUCCCCAGGAAUAAUAAGACUCGAUAUACAGAUGUGCUAAAUUGAAAUAAAGACACAAGCACCUUACCUCACUUCUAACACCUUGGUUUUCUCUCCUGUAAAAUGGGGAUAAUAUACUGUCCUAUCUCAGCAGAUUGUGGAGAGGAGGAAACGAGACGAAGGCUACACAAAUUGGGAGUCCAGAUAACCUGGGCCCUUGGCAGGCCACCAGCAUUUCCAGGUUUUUCAAGGUUGUAAGCUGGGUGCCCCCUGAGCUGCUGGGAAAGGUUCUUGCCCUUCUUGGUCAGGGACUCCCCACUCCUGCCUCCAUGGGGCCUCAGUGUCCUCCUCUGAGGGGAGCAAAUGGAGGAAGAAGGGCCAGCACACACUUCCCAGUGAGGCUGGGGCCAGGAGCACAGGCUGCCACCCAUUCGUGCUGGCUGCACGUGUCCCCUCAGCCCAAACCCUUGCUGCCGUGACUAAUAUUUCAUUUUAGUCAUUUUCAGCCUGUAGGACGUUCCCUCUUGGAUCAGCCCUGCCAGCCCCUGCUUCCCAGGGGUCCCCACAACCCCGGCGUCGGGGCCCUCUCUCUGUGGGUCUGAGUCCCAACAAAGGCAGCCCCAGGGGACCAGCAGCCACCAAUCCGAGACAGGACCUUCCUGCAGCUGCUGAUCGAGCCCCUGGGAGACGGAGAGUGGCCAGUAAACCGGAGACCCUCACUGGUACCUGGGUUCCCCCGGAGGAUCCGCUCCCACUGGGCACAGAGGGCCCUUGGAACACUGGGUAGUGCUGAGCUCUGGGAUGGAGCCUGAGGCGGUGCUGUGGGGCCCAGACCUGCGGGGUCCAGAACAGAGCCCCGGCGAUGCUCACAGAGGUGCCGAGAGCGGGAACGAAGAGGAUAGCCCUCGGCAGGAAAGUUCUGGGGAGGAGGUCAUCUUGGGAGAUCCAGCUCAGAGUCCAGAAUUCAAGGACCCACCAGAGAUGCCCCUGGAGAGAGCCUCCCAGGAUCCCUCCGUGCCCCAGGACUCCCCAACCGCACUGGAUCACCCCAACCCCUUGGACCACCAGACCUCUCUGGACCACCCCACCGCCGAGGUAGUCCCUACCCCGUCGGACUGGACCAAGGCCUGUGAAGCCAGUUGGCAGUGGGGAACUCUGACCACAUGGAACAGCCCCGCGGUGGUCCCGGCCAGUGAGCCCAGCCUGCGCGAGCUGGUGCAGGGCCGUCCCUCCGGGGCCGAGAAGCCCUACAUCUGCAACGAGUGCGGCAAGAGCUUCAGCCAGUGGUCCAAGCUGCUGCGGCACCAGCGCAUCCACACAGGCGAGCGGCCCAACACCUGCUCCGAGUGCGGCAAGAGCUUCACGCAGAGCUCGCAUCUGGUGCAGCACCAGCGCACCCACACGGGCGAGAAGCCCUACAAGUGCCCGGACUGCGGCAAGUGCUUCAGCUGGAGUUCCAACCUGGUGCAGCACCAGCGCACGCACACCGGCGAGAAGCCCUACAAGUGCACCGAGUGUGAGAAGGCCUUCACCCAGAGCACCAACCUCAUCAAGCACCAGCGCUCGCACACGGGCGAGAAGCCGUACAAGUGCGGCGAGUGCCGGCGCGCCUUCUACCGUAGCUCCGACCUCAUCCAGCACCAGGCCACGCACACCGGCGAGAAGCCCUACAAGUGCCCCGAGUGCGGCAAGCGCUUCGGCCAGAACCACAACCUCCUCAAGCACCAGAAGAUCCACGCCGGGGAGAAGCCCUACCGCUGCACCGAGUGCGGUAAGAGUUUCAUCCAGAGCUCGGAGCUGACCCAGCACCAGCGCACGCACACGGGCGAGAAGCCCUACGAGUGCCUGGAGUGCGGCAAGAGCUUCGGCCACAGCUCCACGCUCAUCAAGCACCAGCGGACGCACCUGCGCGAGGACCCCUUCAAGUGCCCGGUGUGCGGCAAGACCUUCACCCUGAGCGCCACGCUGCUGCGCCACCAGCGCACGCACACGGGCGAGCGGCCCUACAAGUGCCCCGAGUGCGGCAAGAGCUUCAGCGUGAGCUCCAACCUCAUCAACCACCAGCGCAUCCACCGCGGCGAGAGGCCCUAUAUCUGCGCCGACUGCGGCAAGAGCUUCAUCAUGAGCUCCACACUCAUCCGCCACCAGCGCAUCCACACGGGCGAGAAGCCCUACAAGUGCUCCGACUGUGGCAAGAGCUUCAUCCGCAGCUCCCACCUCAUCCAGCAUCGUCGCACCCACACGGGCGAGAAGCCCUACAAGUGCCCCGAGUGCGGCAAGAGCUUCAGCCAGAGCUCGAACCUCAUCACCCACGUGCGCACCCACAUGGAUGAGAACCUCUUCGUGUGCUCCGACUGCGGAAAGGCUUUCCUGGAGGCGCAUGAGCUCGAGCAGCACCGGGUGAUCCACGAGAGAGGAAAGACCCCAGCCCGGAGAGCUCAGGGCGAGGCUCUCCUGGGCCUUGGGGACCCCGCCCUGCUGACCCCGCCCCCUGGAGCCAAACCACACAAGUGUCUCGUCUGCGGAAAGGGGUUCAACGACGAGGGCAUUUUCAUGCAGCAUCAGAGAAUCCACAUUGGAGAAAACCCCUACAAAAAUUCAGAUGGCCUCCCCGCACACCCGGCCCCCAAGCCUCCCCAGUUCCGGCCCCCCAGGCUCCCUUUUGGAGGCAAUUCCUACACAGGUGCUGCGGAGGGCAGAGCCGACUCCCCGGGACAGCCUUUUAAAAUGCCUGACGGCCAGGAGGGCUUCGGCCCAAGGCUGGGCCUGCUCUCUUCCAAGUCCUACAUUUGUUCCCACUGUGGAGAAAGCUUUCUGGAUCGCGCAGUGCUCCUCCAACACCAGCUCACCCACGGCAACGAGAAGCCCUUUCUCUUUCCCGAUUACAGGAUUGGCUUAGCGGAAGGGGCAGGGCCCAGCCCCUUCCUGAGUGGGAAGCCCUUUAAAUGCCCUGAAUGCAAAAAAAGCUUCGGCCUCAGUUCCGAGCUGCUGCUACACCAGAAAGUCCAUGCAGGUGGGAAACCCCAGAAGAAUCCCGAGCUGGGGAAGAGUUCCUCUGUCCUUCUGGAGCACCUCAGGAGCCCCCUGGGGGCCAGACCCUAUAGCUGCUCAGAUUGUGGGGCCUCCUUCCUCGAUCGCCUGGCCCUCAUCCGGCACCAGGAGACCCACACCCAAGAAAAGUCCCCCAGACCCGAGGACCCCCUUCCAGAGCCAGCCACCCUGCCCACAAGCCAGGAAGGUGAGGGAGAGGCCUCCAACCCCACAGGAAGCAGCCGCCACGGGGAAGGGGAAACUCCCAAAACCCUCUUGGAAGAAAAGCCCUAUUUGUGCCCCGAGUGUGGAGAUGGCUUCACAGAAGUCGCAGCUCUCCUCCUCCAUAGGAGCUGCCACCCAGGGGUCAACCUGUGAAAUGGGUCUGGAGACCAGGGGCCUCUCUCCUGAGAGGAGCACUGGAUCUCCCAAAAACAUUAUAUGGGGGAAAGGAAGAAACCCCUAUCAGAGUGUAGACAUGGGGAGGAUCGAGGACCCUGGGUAAAAAUAGUGCUUUUACAUCAGUGACAAGAAACCCUACGAAAUUGUUGGUGGGAACCACUUAUAAUACAGUAGAGAAAAACUGUUGGGUUAGAAACCCUAUAAAUAUGUAGGAAAAAAAGCCCUUUAAGUCUGUAGCAGAAAAACCCUAUAAACCAUAGUGGAUAAAAGCCCUAUUAAUUGUAGGAAGAGGUCCCCCUAUAAAAUUGUAUCAGAAUCCUUGUAAAACUGUAGGGUCGGGGAGGUGCGUGCAGGGAGGACAGCAAUGGCAGGGCCCUGGGGGGGGGCGACCCGCAGAGGGGCAGAAGGACCUCCCGGGGACUUGUUCCACAGUGUUCUCUCCCACUGGAGUAGGGCGGCAGGCUCAUUCCCACGAGCCUUGGACAGUUAACACUGAGGAAAAUGCUCAGCGGCUAGUGUGGGAAUUGGGUGGGCCUGGAAAGGGAAGAAAACAAAGACAGGAGCAAAAUAAGUGACGAGAAUCCACAGAAGAGCAAAGGCCCAGGCACUGAGGGUUCCUCGGGGGACGAGGCGACUCUUAGAGGAAUUGUGGGUGAGAGAGAAAGAGGCCCACGGAAUUCCUUAUGAGAAAGAAGCCAAAAAUGGGGAAGGGGAAAAAAAAGGAUGUCCUGGUUUUUGAAAGGCUGAAGUGUGGGGUACAUACCACAAACAUUAGGGGGGAUUCUGUUGGAGGGCUCUGAGGGAAGGAACCAAGUGGAGAAACGGAUCGGAUGGAACCCAGGGACGUCCAGGCUGCCCAGUGCUCCCCCGCCAGGCAGGACAACCUGUCCCCCACCCAGCUGGGGGCUUCUGCUCUGAGAGGCCUCCAGGCACGGAGGGUCCCUCCUACAUUCUCAGGGCUCACUGUCAGGAGGUGUCUCCUGAGAUUGAACUGCCACAGUCUUGCUGCCGUGGCAGCGCAUUUCCUCGAAUUCUGUCCUCCGUGCAGAGGGAGAGCCGCAGCCAAUCGACCCCCAAAGAAUAGGCCCUUCAGCGACGUGCGGCCUGAGUGCUCUUCCCCAGGUCAGCGAGAGUCCACAGGCAGGUUCUGUGUGGCAACGAGGGACAGCAAGUGGCCAGAAUAGAGAGCGUGGAUUAGCCAGCGACCUGCCUUUCCACUUCUUUCCUCUGAGCUGACAGCAUGGCUGCUAGUGGGACAAGCCAGCAUAGAGUAGUGGGUGUCCGAACGGGACCCCGGGUCCUUGAAGAAUAUAUGGAGGCCUGACCACCUUCCUCACCCAUGGCUGGAGCCCUCUGAGCUUGUGACAAGCCAGCUCGAUCAUGGUCUUGAUAAGGGACGGAUUCCACCCCCUCGGUUCCUCUCCUCCUGCGCCGGAAAUCCUCAGAGGGAAAUGAAAAGAUGAGAAGCACACUUCUCGGCCAGAUCCAUCUCCUGUCUGCACACACCACACAGUUACACACUUCCAUGAACCCAGCCAAACCCGAUAAUGUGACCGGGUGUGUGUGGCCGGGGAAAGAGACUGUUGCCCGCUCAUGUGGCUGGAGAAAACUCUUGAAACAUCUGUAACAAGAAUCCCAUCCCCUAACCCUGGAGACUCCGUCCAGCACUGGGUCCGAAGGAAGUGCCCACUGAGCCCAUGCUGGCCGCAGUAACGCGCUGUGAUCCUGGAGUAAGAGAGCUGAGAGGCCAGGUGAGGUGGCCCUUCGGGAGUCAUCCCUGGAGCGGGUGACCCGGAUUCCUCCCAAGCUGUGGAAAAGACCUCUGAUCUCAUUGUCUAACGUUCAAAGGGGAAAACUCCUUCGCCCUCCAUCGACCCUGCUACCAAAAGGAGGACCCUCAUAUGGAAAGGAUCACAAUCUAGAACAUUGUCGGAGGAAACACUCAGGCCUGCCGGGGAGAAGGAAAAGGCAGGCCUCGUACGAUUGUGGGGAGACCCUUGUUAACAUCUGCAUGACAGCCCCACGCGACCCACGUGCCAGGUGGGAAAGCACUACUGAGGUAGGAGCCUGCCUGCCACACCCCUACUGACAGAAGCGUCCAUGGAGAGGGUGUCCCUGAGACUGAGGAAGAGGAGACCAGCCUCCACGUCAAAGCAGAUGUUUUUCCUUCUAAGAUGGUAGCAGAAAGAAACUCUAGUUGUAGACAAACCCCUUGUAAAGCCAGCAGCAGAUCCCCUCAGAACAGGUGUGAGGAAUCUGGCUACAGAAGAGGCAGCCUUGGGGCUCUGGGGCCAGCCCGGGGGCCAAGGGCCAGCUGCGGGCCUAUUGAGUGUAGCGCACAUAGUAGGAUGCUCGCAUGUUGUAGGAAUGGGUGAUGUGAACAUGAUGAGUUGGGGGUCUGGGCUUUGGGAGCAGAAAAGGGUCCGAGUUGGAGACCUUUUGGGGGGGACCUCUGUGGCCCACCUCCCCAGACUACUUUCGCCAGGGGCUUCCCUCCCGGAAGGAGGUACAUCUUGGGAGGAAGGAAGCAGGGAGCUGGUUGGGGGCAGUGGGAGUGUUGAGACCCUCUGGCCAGCUCAGGCCACAGCCAAGCUCGGAGUGGACAGCCUCGUGUCCAGCUCCAUGCUGGCCUGACUCUUUGGAAGCCCAGCAGACGGUCACAGAGUCACUGGUGAAAGCAGAGGGAAGAGUAGAAUCUGAUCUGAGCUUAGGGUGAAACCGGAAACUGCUAUGGGUAUGGAGGUCAGAUGGGAACGGGGCAUGAAUCCUGAAUGAUGGGGAAACGUGAAACCAUCGCCACCAAGGGGUGGGGCUCCAUGACACCUGCCCCGGACGUGCGCAGCCCCCAGACUCCUCUGCCCCCAUUCGGGAAGCCCCACUCGUCUGACUUGUCCCCCUGGAAUGAAGAGAGGCCCCACUUUUGAGUGUUGUGUGUUGAUAACAGUGUUGUGUCAGCGGUGGUCAUGUUGAUUAGAAUAAAGGGAA